AAUUUUCAAAUACAUUGGACCAACCAUCGUCUCGCAGUUCCAGCGAACAGUUUCUGUCUUUCAAUAUGCUUGCGAGCUGCCCCGCACUUGCCGAUCCAGCGCACACUGAGUGGUCAUUGUGCCCUUCAAUCCCAGCUGCAAUCCUCUUCACGAUCCUGUUUGCCCUCACUACUGUUGCACAUAUGUUGCAAGCUCUACACUAUAAAAAGAUAUACUGCUGGGUCAUAGUCGGAUCUGCACUUGCUCAGACUAUAAAUUAUGUUUGCCGGAUCUUCAGCAUCCAGAAACCCAACGAUCUUGGUCCCUACGCAGCUUGGUUUGUUAUAAUUCUGAUUGCGCCGCUUUUUACAAAUGCCUUCGUUUAUAUGGUAAUGGGACGGAUGAUGUGGAAUUAUAUUCCCGACGCGAAAAUUUAUGGAGUCACUGCGUGGCGCUUCUCGACAUACUUUGUGGUAUUCGACAUUAUCGCUCUCCUUAUUCAGGUUGCUGGGGCAUCCUCGAGCGGCGCUAGCAGACAAGCAAAUCAACAAGUACUAAACGCAAUACACAUUUACAUGGGGGGAGUGGCAGUGCAGCAGUUGUUUAUUCUGAUAUUCUUCUUCUACGCCAUCAAAUUCCACCGAACAGUGCUUCGCCAAAUUCUAGAAGGAAUGGAGGACGCGUCUAGUGCAUUGCCGUUGCUGUAUGGAAUAUAUGCAGUACUACUGCUCAUCACAAUCAGAAUCAUAUUUCGCCUAGUCGAGUACUCCCAUGGAUUCAAGAGCAACAUCCCCAACCACGAGGCGUAUCAAUACGGUCUGGACUCCGUUCCAAUGCUACUUGCUCUUGUCUUGCUCAACUUCCUCCAUCCGGGUCGCAUCAUGCCUGGGAAAGAUAGUGACCUUCCUAGUCGCAAAGAGAGAAAGGUGAAGGGUAUUCGCAAUAAAGGUGAAAAGAUUAACGGGGGUUCUACCUUCACAGCGUGACUUGCGCCACGAGAGCACUUUACCAGCAAGAUGACAUUUCACGAAGAUUCUACAACGCAUACCACAGCUACAAGCAAAACUUACAAUACAUACUGUCAAAAGUAACUGAACAGUAAAGACAGUCUACUUUGUAUAACAAAACCAGGGAACAGUCGUGAACCUCACCAGAACCUUCCUGCCGAGCGG